AUGCGUGACACAGGUCGCUGCAGCGGCCAUAAUGAUGACGUAGUAGACCCCGUAACAAGCAACGGUGCUAUGUCGCAUGUCGGCCCUGAUCUUGCACACCGUCAGGCACUUUACGAGGAGUCGGUUCGUGACCCCGUGGCCUUCUGGGAACAGGCCGCCGCUGACUUCCAUUGGGAAAGAACUUGGCCCAAGGACAAAUCGCCCCUGGAGUACAAUUUCCACAAAAGCAAUGGCAGCAUUUUCGUCAAAUGGUUCGACGGGGCAGAGUCGAACAUGUGCUACAACGCUCUCGACCGGCAUCUACCGAAACAUAAGGACCGCGUGUGCUACCACUGGGAAGGUAAUGAUGAGGGAGAGAGUCGCGAUGUGACGUACGGUGAGAUGUUCGAGGAAGUCGUGCGUAUCGCCGCAGUGCUGAAGCACCGCUACAAUGUCAAGAAGGGCGACGUGGUCACCAUAUAUCUACCGAUGAUACCCUUCGCCGCGCAGGUGAUGCUCGCAGUGGCACGCCUCGGCGCCGUCACCUCAGUCGUGUUCGCUGGCUUUUCGUCGCAGGCUGUUGCGAGCCGCCUGACAGACGCGAGGAGUAAACUCAUCAUCACUGCGGACAGCUUCUGGCGUGGCACCAAAACACUCCUACUGAAAGAGCUCAGUGACGCCGCGCUCGCCAUUUGUGAGGCAGAGGGCCACAACGUCCAGUGCCUCGUGUACGAUCGGUCCAAACGGGAAAAUGUUCCCAUGACAGAGGGCCGCGAUGCGUGGUACAGCGACGUUGUAGAGACCCUCACGGCAAGUGAGCUCGCGGAUUGCCCCAUUGUAUGGAUUGGGGCGGAGGAUCCGCUUUUCCUCUUGUACACCUCUGGCAGCACUGGUAAACCCAAGGCAAUCUUGCAUACGCUGGGAGGUUACAUGGUGUACGCCGGAGUCACCUUUAAGUACAGCUUUGACUACCACGAAAGUGAUGUGUCGUUUUGUACAGCAGAUAUCGGGUGGAUCACUGGCCACUCGUACGCACUGUAUGGUCCGAUGCUGAAUGCCGCCACAUCGGUACUGUUUGAGGGCAUGCCAACGCACCCAACUCCGUCCCGCUGGUGGGAUUUGGUAGACAAGUACCGCGUUACGAUCUUCUACACGGCUCCAACGGCUAUACGGGCACUCAUGCAGUGCGGUGAUGAACAUCUGCAGUCCACAACGCGGGGGACGCUGCGCAUUCUUGGUAGCGUAGGGGAACCCAUCAACGCAGAGGCGUGGCAGUGGUUUUAUGAGGUGGUUGGUAAGCGCAGGGCGGACGUAAUUGACACGUGGUGGCAAACGGAGACGGGUGGCCACCUCAUUACCCCACUUCCUGGAUGCACACCAAUGAAGGCCGGAAGCGCCACCCUUCCUUUCUUUGGAAUUGUUCCGGCGUUGCUUCAUCCGACGACGAAUGCAGUUGUUGAGGGUGAAGGUGAGGGACUUCUUGCUAUGCAGACCCCCUGGCCAGGUAUCGCACGCACCAUCUUUGGUGACCACAACCGCUACGAGCAGGCAUAUUUUGCUGUGGAUGGCUUUUAUCUGACGGGUGAUGGGGCUCGUCGGGACAAGGAUGGUUACUACUGGAUUACGGGCCGCGUGGAUGACGUACUAAACGUCAGUGGUCAUCGUAUAGGAACGAGCGAGGUGGAGGAAGCGGUGAACAGCCAUCCCGAUGUCGCAGAAAGCGCUGCUGUUGGCAUCCCACAUGACGUGAAGGGUGAGUGCAUCUACGUGUUUGUUACGUUCAACAACAAUGUGACUGUGGACGCUACGUUGCUGAAAAGGGUGAGAGAAACAGUUCGCCGAGUCAUUGGUCCAUUCGCUGCCCCUGAUUACGUCCAGGCAGCGCAGUGUGGGUUACCCAAGACACGCUCGGGAAAGAUUAUGCGUCGCAUCCUUCGUAAGAUUGCGUCUGGGUUGCAUGAAGAGUUGGGUGACACCUCAACGCUCUUGGAUCCGAGUGUUGUGCAAAACCUCAUAGAAGGGAGGAAGCAAACAGUGGGGUGA